AUGCUCUCGAGUUGCGUCAGGCGCGAUAAUGCAUGCGGGCUAGUAAUGACUAUUGCAUGUUGCCUGCAGGUGAAGACACUGAGGAGCCGCAUCGUCGCCAUGGUGGCGGGCCACGUGGGCGACGGCGACUCGCCGUCCAAGAAGUCGUCGGCGAAGAAGGCGCCGGAGGGCGACGCGCCUGUGUACACGGUGUCGGUGCACGGGGGCGUGGCCAACGAGGCGUUCAAGGACGACGGCGACGCCGCCCCCGCCAAGCCCCCGAUGAAGCCGGCGUCCGACAAGGGCGCGGAGGCCGGGGAGCCCGACGACGGCAAGUGCCGGCUGUCGCGCAAGGAGAAGUGGCGCAUCCUCAAGAACAUCGCCGCCGUCAGCCUCGCCUUCAUGGUGCAGUUCACGGCCUUCCAGGGCACGGCCAACCUGCAGAGCUCGAUCAACGCCAAGGACGGCCUGGGCACCGUGUCGCUAUCGGCCAUCUACGCGGCGCUGGUGCUGUCGUGCAUGUUCGUGCCCACGUUCCUCAUCAAGCGGCUCACCGUCAAGUGGACGCUGUGCCUGUCCAUGAUGUGCUACGCGCCGUACAUCGGCGCGCAGUUCUUCCCGCGCUUCUACACGCUGGUGCCGGCCGGCGUGCUGCUCGGCCUGGGCGCCGCGCCCAUGUGGGCCUCCAAGGCCACCUACCUCACGCAGGUGGGAGGCGUGUACGCCAAGCUGACGGACCAAGCGGUGGACGCCAUCGUGGUGCGCUUCUUCGGCUUCUUCUUCCUGGCCUGGCAGACGGCCGAGCUGUGGGGCAACCUCAUCUCUUCGCUCGUGCUGUCGAGCGGCGCGCAUGGCGGGGGCGGCGGCGGCCACGCCAACGCGACGAGCGUGUCUGAGGCGCACCUCCGGGGCUGCGGCGCCAACUUCUGCAUGCGCGACAACCACGGCAACGACAACCUGGAGCGGCCGCCCGACUCCGAGAUCUACGAGAUCUCCGGCAUCUACCUGUGCUGCGUGCUGAUCGCCGUUGCCAUGGUGGCGCUCUUCGUGGACCCCCUCAAGCGAUACGGUGAGAAGCAACGACGAAGUGACCAACAGGAAUUAACAGGAAUCCAGCUGUUAUCGGCCACCGCUUACCAACUUAAAAAGAAGAAUCAACAGCUGCUUAUUCCCAUCACUGUUUGGAUCGGCAUGGAACAAGCCUUCAUCGGUGCAGAUUUUACACAGUAUGUGCUUCUAAAGUUUCGUGGGUCUCUUGGCAUCUACGGCACGCUGUUCCGCCGCAACAAGGAGGCGGCCUUCAGCAACUACCGCCUGUGGGAGUCGGCGGGCUUCGUGGUGGCGUACGCGUACAGCACGCACCUGUGCGCGCGCAUGAAGCUGUACGUGAUGCUGGCGGUGCUGCUGGCGGGCGUGGCCGGGUACGCGUGCGUCGAAGUGCUGCACGCGCGCAAGCAGCGCCGCCUCAAGGCGCUGGCGGAGGACCCCAAGGCCGCGGCCGCCGCCGCCGAGCAGCUCGCCAAAGAGGGCAAGGUGGAGGAGACGGACGACGAGAAGGACGACAUCGACGACGACAUCAUCAUCACGCAUCUCUAGAUCCACUCUCCGCCCCCGUGCGAGCGGCGCUCGCGAACUCUGCUGCGUGUGCUCCCCCUCACCCUCUCUCUUCUCUGUGGGUGUGUUUGUGAGAUUGAGCGAGAAGGUAACGGAGCUCCUGGGCUUCUCCUGCUGGCGUAGGGCGAAGACCCGUCUGGAAAUCUGGAACGUGGUCCGUCCCUAGGGGAGAUGCACACGUUUGCCCCACCCUCUCCUCCGUUGUGCCCCAGACUCGACGGCUGACGCUGUGAUUUCGCUCAUCCGCUCAAAAAGAGUAGGAUUGCUGUAUUUCUCUGUGGUUGUAGGGCGACCAUGUAGGUAAUGUAGUCAAUCCCUUGCCUCUUCCCCUAGAUGCCCGCGUGCCUAACGAGCCUGCGAACUUCAGAUGCUGAUUUUUCUCUGCCUGGAAAAGUCUCCCCCGCCUCUGGAAAGGGGCAGAUUCCUUCGCAUUGAACGAUGUAGGGCGACCGCUUUUACAAAAAGGUCCGUCUCUCCUGUACGCAAUGCCCACGUGCGUUUACUGAAGCGGGCCAGCGUCUCAAAGCGUCUUUUCUUCUUACUGCAAAGGGUCUCCCUCGGAGAAGAAGCUGUUUCUUCUACACUGUUGUUAGGGCGACCGCUUAGAAAAUGCAGUCCGUCCCUUGUCGGUUUGACAGUACGACAACCGCACGUCAAAGUGGAUCGUUUUCUUCGUUCUUUCUUGGUGAUAGUGAUUGUUCGAAAAGGAAAAAAGCCAGGAACUUUUAAGAAAUGAAAAGAGUAGGCAGAGUGAAGAAGCGCAGUGGAUGAAUCAUCGUGUGCUCCACAGUUCACUGCAUUUUCUAAGUGGUAAUGUCAUAGUACAGUACCUGUAAAGUCAACCACCCGCAAUGAUUCUUACAUCGGACGCCUUUCGUCUUUAAUGCCUUUAUGUCAUUCAGAAAUCCUCUGUUAGAUGAUUCCAUUGGAUUUUGCUACGUUAUUCGCUACGUUUCCGGGUGGUUGACAUAUUUUCAUAUAAUUUUUAUUUCAUAUUAUAUAUUGUUUGGAGUUAUAAAAUCAUUUAAACUAGCGCAUCAGGCCUUCCUCGCUUGUAGAAAAAAGGAAUUUGUAGUAAUCUCGAGUUUCAGAGUAUAUAAACACGAAACUCUAGAAAGCUAGCCUACGAGAGAGGGACAUUUGUAAUCGAAUAAAUUGAGCACGAAAAAAGCAACACCUUUUGUCGUUCAGACACAAGAGAAACUGUCGUCACCUUCUUACAAACCAAUGGUUUUCAAGUUUCGUCGAUCCACAUAACUCUUAAACCAUUUUGUACAAUUCCUUAUUAUGGAAAACAAAAAAUAUUGUCCACAAUUCAUAGUGAAAUAUUACUGAUUGCACACCUUUAAUUAGCGGAUAAUUUUCAUGGACCAUGGCGAAUACUUUUGUUUUGUCAAGACGUCUCUACAAUCGAGCCAAACUUUAUUGAGCCAUAUUUUAUCGAUCCGUUAUAGACAAGUUUCACUGUAUUUGUACAACUUGAAAUUACUUUUGUACGUAUCUUUAUGAGUGACCUCGCUACUUUCGGUGAAAUUCAGUGUUAUGUGAGAAACCAAAGUUCGAAGGUCACUGGUCUAUAAAGACGACUGAUGACAACAGCACAAUGCACAGCAAUAGUAGUUGCGUUUUAAUUUGUGGAACAGGUAUAUUCGGUCUCCACCCCUGACCGAAGGAGUGUGUCCAAAAGGGAAAGUUUCCGUGCACGGCUAGGGGGCCUUCGCGUGGAGCCUCGAGCUGGGCGCGCCAUGUGCCGUCGCACGUCGCUGCUCCUUGGCUGCGCUCGCGGGUCGUGACGCAAGCGAACUCGGGAGUCGUUUAGUCGCGAAAUGCACCACGCCGAACUGCACGGAACUGCUGAGAGGCAAAAGCGAUCGCUCAAAAUCACGAGUCAGUGAGCUCGUGAUGACGAUUUGCGACGAAUUUAGUUCGAUUUUUUUCCAAAGAAAGUUUGAUGGUUGGUGUAUUGUAGAAAACUUUUAGGAUUCUAAAUUGGCAUUUAGCCAUUUCAGUGUGUUUAAUACAUGCAAAUAAGCAUUUCAAAGAGUUUAAUACAGGAAACACACUUUCUCUAGCUAAUACUUCAAAUGCUUCUU